CUACAGCCUGGGCAACAGAGCAAGGCUGUCUCCAAAAAAAAAAAAAAAAGAAAGGAUCCUACACACACCAGCUAGUAGUUCCUGGAUGUCCAAGGGCAAAGGCCAUUGUAAUAAAUCGAGGAGUAAAAAGUUUUUUAAGUCAUGACCUAUUCUCAAUGGAAUUACCUGUUGAGGAAAUAAUAAGAUAUUUGAUUUCAUAAAGCACUAUCAGGAGGCCUUCCAUGGCCACCCUGCAGAAGCUACCACCUAAGAGUCCCCAUAAUGUGUGAAACCCCCUCCUCCGACCCCCCACCACACACUCAAACAAACAUUCAGAAAAGGACUGGACAGAGAGAAACUCCUUUACACAUGGGUGCCAGAGUUUAGAACUGACACCUCACCAUUAAUAUUUCCUAAUUCCUCAUAAAAUGGAAUUUUUAGAAUAGAUUUUAUAAUAAAUCUAAAUAAUUACUUAUAAUAAAAUGUAGACAGAACAGACAGAAACAUAAGGCUGUGGUUUUUAUUUUAUGGUUUGAAAAGUUCUACGAGACAACAUUAAUUAGUAACAUUCCUCAAUGAACAUGCAAUGUAGUUUAUUAUAAAUGGUAAUUUAGAGAUAAUGGUGUGAACAUGUUAAGUUCCAAGCAACCCAUCUAAAACUGAAAGUGGAGCUCAGUAUUGUUGUACAUUCUCGAAGCCCUGAGCACAGCUUAUACUUCACUCUAAAUUAUCUUUUUUAGCCUUUCAUAUCGAGACCAUUUUAGCAGCAUUUUUAAAUAGAUUACUAAAAGGGAAAGCAGACGGUAAAAUAUGUAAAGCAGGCAUUUUAGGCAAGAGUCCAGAUUAUAUAAUUCCAUAUGAUCAGAGAGAUAAUCACCUGUUUUCUGAGAGGACUCAUGCCUUCAGAUAAAAUGACAAUGGAUUACAUCUCUUCCUUCCCACCCCACCCCCUUUGGCGUGCUUUAAUUAGAAAGACACUAGUGUAGAUUAAAGUCUUAGCCAUACUCAAUUCUUCCCUUGACCUGAAGAAAACCACAGCCAUCGAGAAUCUGGUGGGAUACAAAACAUUGUCAGUUUCAUCCAAGUACACUAGUGAGCUUAAAUAGAGCAUCCAGGAGGUGCACUAUUUACACAAGAGAAAAAAGGUGACCCCUUACAUAUUGAUGAUUUGACUCACAUAAUGGUCUUACCUUCUGGAUCACAGCCUUGAAGUGUCAAGCACAUCAUUUCCAUGUAGACAAGUGACAUUUCCGUGCAGGAGAAGGCUAAGAUAAUCUUCCAGAUGUAAACCAAGGACCUGCUGUCUGGGUCUUUGCAUUUGUCAGUUGUGUAUUUAUGUGUGGGACACAGUAACUGUUGAAGCAAACCGAAUUCAAGCAAACUAAAAAGCAAAUCCUUGCAUAGUACUUAAAGUCCAAUGAGAUAAAAUGAUGGAUCAACAGGAUUAUUUUUGCUUAAUGAAGCAUUCUGGGUUUUGAGUCUCAUUGGACUCAGUUUUUCAACAGGAUGUUGUGCUCAAGGGCUGGAAUUUGGAAAUUCCACAACAGCUAUAUAAUCAGUCAGCUCUGAUUAAUUUAAUUGAAACAGGACUCUUGAUGAAGCCCUGCUGUGCUUAUAAUUAAAAAUUUAGAAACGGGUAGGGAGAGGGGUAAAUGAUGUGGGGGUUUCUUUUUCCUGUGAAAUUAGCAGAGUGUAUUAAUUCAGAAGGUAGGCAGUUGCCUCUGAUUGUAUGCUUUAGUAAUCUGAACCAUCUGCCUCUAUAUACUAAGGAGUUCACCACUUUAAUCCAGCUUACGGCCGACAAACCACUCUUCUCUAUCAGUAUGCCCUUGAAUAGAUGAGGCUGUGCAAAGUCCUUUGCUCUUAAAUGUAUUGCUGUCAUUGAGAAUAUUUGGAGGUUUUCUCUUGGGUUUGUUUGGAUUUUGUUUCUUCAGCUUUUGUCUAAUUUUGGUUUUAUUUUUCUGGAGCAGAGAAAAUGGCUUUCCUUAUGAAAAGUAUGAUAAGUAACCAGGUAAAGAAUUUAGGAUUUGGUGGUGGGUCUGAAGAAAAUAAAGAAGAAGGAGGUGCAUCUGAUCCUGCAGCAGCUCAAGGGAUGACUAGAGAGGAGUAUGAGGAGUAUCAAAAGCAAAUGAUUGAGGAGAAGAUGGAAAGAGAUGCUGCAUUUACACAGAAAAAGGCUGAGAGGGCAUGCCUCAGAGUCCAUCUCAGAGAAAAAUACAGGCUUCCAAAGUGCAUGGGGAUAUGCAUGGCUCCUCUGUGUUGUAGGUGGGACUGUUCAUCCAGAAUACUUCCAGAAAUUGGACCUUCUCCAUACAUCCACCAUCAAGGAGCCGCUUUAUACCACAACUUCCUCACUUUUGGAAAUGUGUGUCUCCCAACCAUCCCAAGUUUAAUGGGGCUUUAGCUGUGUUUAAGGUUGGCUGCAGGUGGGGGAUGGAAGGAGGGGGUUUCUUUGAUCCAUCUAAUGAAUUAAUGAAUUAACCAGAGGUGGGGUUCAGAAGCCAGGCUUCUUACUGUUGCUGAAGCAGGGCUGAUUAUGAGCUAGCCUAACUGCUGGAAAAAUGCAGCUUCAUGCUAGAAGAAUUAGGGACAUGGCCCAGUCCAUUCAUCUUCCCUAAUCGAGUUCUUGGGAAAUACACACGUAGAUUAGCCCCUAACAAUGACCCCCGGCUGAUUGCUUGGAGUACCCUCCGCCGUGCCCACAAUGGUACUGACUAGCUCUUUAUGUCCUGCACAAAGGAAGCCCCAACUCCCCCUUGUCCUCCUCUGCCCUGUCUCCCCCACCCCCAUCACCACCACCCCUUCCCUUGCCAGUGGCUGUUGAAGUCUUUUCUGCUUUUCUCCCCAGACUCUGAAAUAAACAGUAAAUAAAAGCUAACCUCACCUGGACUUAUUAGGAGGAGCUGGGCAGUUCCAGAGGAAUUAACUUUGGAAAACAAGGCCAUAAACCCCUUAGCAGCGUGUGGGCAGGAGCUUAAGAAAACGCUGCCAAUCUUUGUUUAGCGGUGAUUAUCAAGAUCAAUUUAAUAUUGGGAAGUUUGCAUAAAAAGCAUUCUCGGUCAGAGGGGAAACAACAAAUACCAAUUAAUUAUCCCCAUGGCUGCCCUCUGCUCGCCAGCACCUCAGCACAUCAGCCACCUGGUCUGUGUAACUGGCAGUCAGACCUUAUUGGGUGCCACCAGGCCAUUUAUAGGGUCUAGAAAGGUGGAGGAGGGGCGGAGAGGGAGGCAAAGCCUAGUCUGUCAGGGGACUCUCCAGAGGGUUUGUUAAUUUGCCCUGGAUGCCAGUGCCCAAAGCCCACUCUCUAUAGGGUCUGACUUUAUUUCUUCUGGGAGCUAAAUGGCUUCUACCUCCGCCUCUUAGAUGCAGAAUUCAGUCUCAGGGAAGGAUUAAAGGCAGACUGCAGGCUAAGAUGGGCUUUGAUUGUUUUCAAAAAGAUCACACUCUACAACAAUAAUUACAAAUGAGCUGCAGGCAGAAAACACUGGACAAGGAGUCAGUGGCCUGAGUUCUAGUCCUUACCCCUCCACUUAAUAGCUGUAUCACUUUGAGCCUCAGUUUCCUCUUCUGUAAAAUGGGGACCAAUAUAUCUGUCCUGCUCACCUCACAAGGUUGUGAAGAUCAGAUGAUGUGAAGAAUGUGAGAAGAUUCUGAAAACUACAAAGCAACAUGUUGAGAGAAUUGCUUGAGCCCGGGAGCUCCAGGCUGCAGUGAGCCACGAUCACGCCACUGCACUCCAGCCUGGGCGACAGAGAGGGACCCUGUGUCUAAAAUAAACAAACAAACAAAUAAAUAAAUAAAGU